GUCAGUGAAGGGAAGAAUAUGGAAGGAAGCACGUCGCCCCCAGGAGCUAGCAGUCCACCGGGGAAGGCGACGUCCUAACGGACGCCCAGCCCCGCCUAUAAAAUCCCAACGGAUCUCCGGCCGUAACCACAGACACACGCAUCAUCGUCUACCUCUCGUGCGAACCGUACAGAGCCAUGGGGAUAAUGAGAGGCGCGGUGCUGCUCGGCGCCGUGGUGCUGCUGUGCGCGCUCGGGCACGGCGGAGCGCAGCGGUACGAGGCCAUCUACAGCUUCGGCGACUCCAUCUCGGACACCGGCAACCUGUGCGUGGGCGGCUGCCCGGCGUGGCUCACCACGGGGCAGUCACCGUACGGCGAGACCUUCUUCAAGCGCCCCACCGGCCGCUGCUCCGACGGCCGAGUCAUCAUCGACUUCCUCGCGGAGCACUUUGGUCUGCCGCUGCUGCCGGCGUCCAAGGCCGGCGGCGACUUCAAGAAGGGCGCCAACAUGGCGAUCAUCGGCGCCACCACCAUGGACUUCGACUUCUUCAAGUCCAUCGGCCUCAGCGACAAGAUAUGGAACAACGGCCCCCUCAACACGCAGAUCCAGUGGUUCCGCCAGCUCCUCCCCUCCGCCUGCGGCAAGGACUGCAAGCGGCACCUGUCCAAGUCCCUGUUCGUCGUCGGCGAGUUCGGCGGCAACGACUACAACGCGGCGCUCUUCUCCGGCCGGACCAUGGCCGACGUGCGGGGGUACGUGCCGCAGGUGGUGAGCCACAUCGUGCGCGGGCUGGAGUCGAUGAUACGGCUGGGCGCCAUGGACGUGGUGGUGCCGGGGGUGCUGCCCAUCGGGUGCUUCCCCAUCUACCUCACCCUCUACGGCACCUCCAACGGCGCCGACUACGACGCCGACGGCUGCCUCAGGAGCUACAACGACCUCUCCUCCCACCACAACUCGCUGCUGAGACGGAGCCUGUCCAACCUCCAGAGGACCUACCCGCACACCAGGAUCAUGUAUGCCGAUUUCUACUCACAGGUCAUCCACAUGAUCCGGGCACCUCAGAACUUCGGGUUGAAGUACGGCCUGAAGGUGUGCUGCGGCGCCGGCGGGCAGGGCAAGUACAACUACAACAACAAGGCGAGGUGCGGCAUGUCCGGCGCCAGCGCCUGCUCCGAUCCCCAGAACUACCUCAUCUGGGACGGCAUCCACCUCACGGAGGCCGCCUACCGCUCCAUCGCCAACGGGUGGCUCAAGGGCCCCUACGCCACACCACGAAUCCUGCACUGAUUGUAAUUAGCAGUAGUAUUGAUUUGCUUGAUGGGUUCAGUUCUGGAAUGGCUGGCGUGAGUGCGAUGGGGCUGAUCGAUGUGUAUGUGUGUGAGUGUAACUGCUAAUUUAUUUAUGAUGGGAUGUAUCUAGUUGUUGGUUA